AUGGCUUCCUCGCCUUUCUACGGUACUCCCGGCGCCGCCGGCGAAAGAGAGAGGGUGUUUUGCCAUAUAUGCCAAAUCGAGUGGACUCGCGAGGGGCAGGAUUCCCUCGAAUGCCCAAGAUGCGGCGACGACUUCACCGAGAUUAUCGAUCCGUCAAACGACCCUCGUGCGCCGCACGGCAUAGGCACUCCCUCAGACUUGAGUACCGGUUCCGGCCGCCACUUCCAUCGGCCUGGGGGUUCCGAUUCGGAUCCUGACGAGGGCGAUAUCGAGGAACAUAUACAUGAACCUCCCCCGAGGUUGUUCAUGCGCUCGCUUUUCGAGCCACCGUUAGGGGGCCCGGAUGAUCGCGAUCGUGAGGGCAAUGCCAUACUGCACCGGUUUGCUGAUAUGCUUCUGCAUGACCUUGGGGGUGCCAGAGCGGUAGGCGGGAUGCCCGCUCCGGGAAUGUUCUCGCAGGAGGAACAUGUCCAUCAGCAUGGGCCGCGGGUCCAGCAGACGACAUUUCGGACCGGCCCAUUUGGCACCAGGGUCACAAUAACCAGCGGAACCGUCGGAGGCGGCCCUGGGGAGCCGCCCUUCAACAACUUUGGCACGUACGUCAGGUCCCGAGGGCCCAUUGGGCGGUUCCGCGCACCCCACAUUCGGGUCCUCUCCCUCGUAGGUCGCGAUAUGGCUAACUCGAAUGACCCGGAUAGAUUGUUUGGCCAGCUUCUCGGUAAUCCAAUGAUGCCUGGUCCUGGCGAAGGACAACGACGGCCGGGUUUCGGCACGCCGCCGGGCCCUGCCUUUGGGGGCGGUCUCCACGAUCUCCUCGCCUCCCUCUUCAACCCGGCAGCGGCCGUCCACGGCGAUGCAGUCUACACCCAAGAAGCGCUCGAUCGCAUAAUUACACAGCUUAUGGAGGCAUCCCCGCAGACCAACGCCGCCCCACCUGCGUCCCAGGCCGCCAUCGACAACCUGGAAAAGAAGCGAGUGGACGACCAGAUGCUGGGCCCCGACGGAAAAGCCGAAUGCACGAUCUGCAUCGACGAGAUAAAUAAGGGGGAUGAAGUAGUCGUCCUACCGUGCAAGCACUGGUAUCACGGCGAGUGUGUCGUCCUCUGGCUCAAGGAGCACAACACAUGUCCCAUCUGCCGGAUGCCGAUCGAGACGAGGGAAGGGAACGGAAACAAUCAUAACCGACAACAAGGUCGGUCAUCGCAGCCGAAUUCACCGUCCGGUCAGGAGCCCUCGCCGUCCGCCUCAUCCGCUCCAUCCUCCAACACCUUCUCUCCGUUGUUCCCCUUUGGCUCGCUCUCCGGAUCAGGCCGCUCCCGCGGCGACAGGGUCGACCGCGGCUCGGGGUCAACGAGGGCAGGAGGAUCUGGUGGAGACUCAUGGCGGUUUGGAGACUCAUGGCGGUCUGACUCGCAACAACGCCAAUCGGGUCUGCACCGCCGCAACUCGCUGUCGCCCCCCUUGCCGUCCUCGUCCGACGGUGGCGCCGCCGCGUCGAGGUCAUCGCGCGUGAGGAGCCCGUCCAUGUCGAGGGACCGAGACCGAGACCGAGACCGGGGUCGGGAUUGGCAUUGGGAUGAGGACAGAGGCAGAGAGAGGCUAGGAGAAGCGUUUUACGCGGUUACGUCGGAGUGGAACAGCAGGGAUACUCAAGGCAGACGGAGUCAACGUGAGAAUCGGGAGCAGGAGAAUCGGGAGCAGCAGAGGCAGCAGUCAGGUGGCGGUAGUAGUAGUACCGGACACGGCGGCGGCGCGCUGAAUUGGCUUAGGGAUCACUUCGGUCGCGGAACUGGGUCCGGAGGCGGCAGCGGCGGGGCGGACAGGGAUCGCAGACGCUAA